UACAUCAAGGACGUACAGCAGGGCAGCUGCAAGGGGACCGGGUCCCCGGUGAUACUGAACCAUACGGCGGCCAGCGCCUGGGUGGACGGCCAGGGCCUGCUGGGCCCGGUCAUUGGCCGAUUUUGCAUGAAGUUGGCCAUCGAGAAGGCGAAGACCGCCGGCAUUGCCCUGGUCACCGCCAAAGGGGGCAACCACUUUGGCAUUGCCGGCUACUACAGCACCAUGGCGCUGGAGGAGAAUCUCAUCGGAAUGGCCUUCACCAACGCCUCUCCGCUGGUGAGCGCCACCCGCGGCAAGGAGCCCUUCUUCGGGACGAAUCCCAUCUCGGUGGCGGCUCCCGGCGCAGCUAAGGGUGACAACUUUGUCUUGGACAUGGCCACCUCGGUGGUGGCGCUGGGCAAGAUCGAGCUGGCCGCCCGCAAGGAGCAACCGAUUCCCCAUGGCUGGGCGGUGGACAAGGAGGGCGCCAGCAUCUCUGAUCCCAAUCAGUACCACGCACUGCUGCCCCUCGGCGGGCCCGAGGCUUCCAGCGGCUACAAGGGCUACGGUCUAGCGGCCGUCGUGGAGAUCCUCACCGGCGUCCUCUCCGGCGCCGCCGUCGCGCCGCACAUUCGCCACUGGACCUCCAACAGCGCCAUCGCCGACCUCGGCCACUGUUUCAUCGCCAUCAACCCGGCGCUCUUCGCGCCUGGCUUCAACGGCCGCCUGCAGACGAUGAUGGAUGACCUGCGGUCGCAGGAGACCUCGGGUGAGCAGCCCGUUCUGGUGGCCGGCGACCCGGAGCGCCAGCACAUGGCCAAGUGUGACCGCGCCGGCGGCAUCGAGUACCACGCCAAUCAGAUCAAGAUGGCGAACGAAAUCGCCAGCCGGCUCAAGGUGGCGCCCGUCAAGACGCUGUAA